AUGGAACAAAACAGAGUCGUGAAAAACUCUGCUAAAACAUCUGUGCCUCAGUUUGGAGGGUGGGACCAAAAGUCUACCGGAGCUACCGAUUAUUCAAUGGUGUUUACUCAAGCUCGUGCGAACAAAAAGCAGCAGAAAACCGACCUGACUGAAGUCAAGCGUGGCAGCAUCGGGAAUGAGGUAGACCUCGCUAAAACUAAUCAUGGACAUGCUCAUCCUGCUCAAGGUCAUCGUGGACAUAGUCAUCCUCAUCAUGGUCGUCAUGCUCAUCCGGUUCAUGCUCAACCUGCUCAUGCUCUUCCGGUUCAUGCUCAACCUGCUCACGCUCAUCCGGUUCAUGCUCAACCUGCUCACGCUCAACCUGCUCAUGCUCAACCGCAUGCCCAAGUUUGCACUCCUGCUCAAGAAGAUUCUGUAGUCAUGGGGAGAAGAAGGUUUCUGACCUACAUAAAUUGCUGUAUUAGGCCUUGA